GCUGGAUCUGUCUUCUUCCAACGCAAUAUCUGGCUAUAGCCCUCUCCAACCCAUCCAACCCGCAAUUCAAUCCGUCCUGCCAUGGCUGAAACCAAAAACUUCACCCUCGAAGGGCUCUUCUCCGUCAGAGGCCUCGAUGUCCUCAUCACUGGAGCCGGCACCGGCAUAGGGCUGUACAUGGCCAAGGGAUUUGCCUCGAACGGCGCGGUUACGCAUAUAGCUGGUAGACGAAAGGGGAAGCUUGAGGAAGCGAAGGCGUCUAUUCUCGAGCUCACUCCAGACGCUCAGGUAGUCAUACAUACCGUCGACAUAUCUGAAAGAGCUGCCGUCACUUCUCUCGUCGCAGAUCUUACCAAGCUCGACGUCCUCAUCAACUGCGCCGGCAUUGUCCUCCCUGAUCCACCAAGCACCCAUCACAGCCCUCUCCCCGAAUUACAAGCCGCUCUUCUCUCUUCCUCCGCCGACACCUGGUCCCGCACCUUCUCCACCAAUGUUGAAGCCCCUUACUUCCUCUCUUGCUCCGUCCUCCACCUGCUUGCUGCCGCCCCCAACGGCGGGCGCAUCAUCAACAUCUCUUCCAUCGGCUCCAUCAUGUCCGACCCCAACACCCACCAGCCCGCAUACCAAGCAUCCAAGGCUGCUGUCAACCACCUCACCAGGCUUCUGGCAAGCAAAUUCAGAGAACAUGGAGUGAGGGUGAAUGCAAUCAGUCCGGGCUACUUUCCGAGCCAGAUGCAGGAUGCGAGUAAUCCAAAGAGCAUGUUGGCGAGGGCGAAAGACUUGGUGCCGCUGAAAAGGGGAGGAGAAGAGGAGGAUGCGGCCGGGACGGCGAUAUAUCUCGCGAGUAGGGCAGGAAGCUAUGUUGAUGGCCACACUAUAGUACUUGGUGGUGGGCGAGAGUGGGCAUGAGUAAUUCUAGGGGCACAUGAAUCGCUGUAUUUCUCUUCUGCAAGCCUCUAUCGUACUUAAAACGUCGUACCUACGGAAGGCUAGGUGAGGGUGCAUGUGAUUUAUGCUCUGUACUGUACAAAUGCAG